AUGUUCACCAACCUCGUCGUUGCUGCCCUCGCGGCCAGCUCGGCCCACGCUGCCUCCUACAUCGGCUGUAACAACCUGUUCGGCCUCGGCAUCUCCGUCCCGACCUUCCCCAAGGCGACGGAGAAAGAGUGUCUCGACACCUGCAAGAACAGGGGUGAAUCCUACGGCUUCUACCAGGCGUCGACCAACUGGUGUUUCUGUUCGGUCGACUCGUCGGCGUCCCGCGCUGUUGUCGGCCCCGGCAACAAGGACCAGUGCAGCGAUUUCCGUGCCUAUGCCCUCAAGACGACUUUUGACGAUGUCACCUGCUCUGACAACCUCGCCCGUGACGCGCGCGACAGCGGUCUGUACAAGGGCGCUGAUCUGUACCUCAACUCGUGCUACCAGGCCUGCAGGAAGGCCAAGUACGCCAUCUUCCGCCCCCGUGGUGCUGGUUUCCUCGGCAUCGACUACGAGUGCAUGUGCGCCAACUACCCUCCCGUCACCUCUGGCGGUACCACGUGUGGCCGCAACAACUACUACAUCCAGUCGCACACCCCCGGAGAGGCUGCUUCUGGUCUCGCCCGCCGUGCUGUUCACGAGCGCGCUGCUGCCGCCCAGGCCCUCCUCGAUGCCAACCCGUUCUGCCCCGUCGGCUUCAAGCCCUGCCAGGUCUCGCCCAACGCCGACGACGGCUACGAGUGCCUCCGCACCGAGACUGAGCUCGAGUCUUGCGGUGGCUGCGUCUUCGGCGUCUACGGCGCUGAGAACACCAACUCCACCGGUGUUGACUGCACUGCUCUGCCUGGUGUCGACCGCACUAGCGUUUCGUGCAAGCUCGGACAGUGCCAGGUCUCCCGCUGCCGCCGCGGCUUCGCCCUCAGCAACGGCGUCUGCGAGCCCACCGCCUAA